AUGGCUGGCACCUCCAACAACUCCAUCAAACAUUAUGUCCGCUCUACUUAUGCGCACCAGGUCUUCAGUACUGAGCAGGGACGCUUGCCGAAGACACAAAAAACAGGCUGGGCCCCCAUUACCUUCUGCGAGGAGGAGGAGCGCGGCGUUAUCCUCCCUCAUGAUGACCCAAUCAUUAUCCGCGCCGACAUAUCUAACUUUGACGUUGGGCGCAUAUUGGUAGACACUGGCAGCUCAGUCAGUGUGAUGUUUGCUGAUGCCUUCAAUGAGCUCCAGGUCCCAUCUCAUUUGCUCGACCGAAGCGUCACACCCCUGGUGAGCUUUUCGGGUGAUGUGGUCCAGCCUAUUGGGAGCAUUCAUCUCCCUAUCUCUAUUGGAGCAGCUCCCCAGCGAGCGACGGUCACCACUCCCUUCCUCAUCAUUGACUGCCCCACAGCCUACAACGUUAUCCUGGGACGCCCUGCCAUGGCCCAGAUGAAGGUUUUCAUUUCCACACAUAUGUUACUGUUGAAAUUUCCUACCCCCUAUGGCACGGGCACUGCGCGCGGUGAUCAACUGGGCGCCCGAAGCUGCUAUGCUUCAGCAGUAAAGUCUACUAAUCGCCAACAUAGGGGUGAGGCCCUAGCAGUAACCCAGGCCCUAGCCCCACCUCGAGCUGGCACUGAGCGCCCAGAGGACCCCAGGGAGGAAUCUGCCACCCAACAGGCCGAACCUGUGGAGGACCUUGAACUGGUCACUCUCCAUGAGGAUAUCCCGGAUCGACAGGUCAGGAUCGGCACCUCCCUCUCCCAAGAGCUUCGCUCUGAUCUUAUUGCCUUCCUCCGCCUCAACUCUGAAGUCUUUGCUUGGUCUUACAACGACAUGCCGGGCAUAUCACCUGACGUCAUCUCCCAUAGGCUAAGCAUUAAUCCUGUCGUCCGACCCGUUCGGCAGAAGCGUCGUGCUUAUGACCCAGAGCGGUAUGAGGCCAUGAAGGCGGAAGUGGAUAAGCUGAGCACCAUUGGUUUCAUCAAGGAGGUGGAUUAUCCCACCUGGCUAGCCAAUGUGGUAAUGGUACGUAAACUAAAGAAGGGUUGGCGCAUGUGCGUAGACUACACAAAUCUCAACCGGGCCUGCCCAAAGGAUAGUUUCCCCCUACCCCGCAUUGACCAGCUAGUUGACGCCACAGCUGGCCAAGCCCUCCUCAGCUUCAUGGAUGCUUACUCAGGGUACAACCAGAUCUUCAUGCAUCCUGAGGACCAAGCUCAUACAUCCUUCAUCACCGACCGUGGCCUUUACUGCUACAAAGUCAUGCCAUUCGGCCUCAAGAACGCCGGGGCUACAUAUCAGCGUCUGGUGAAUAGCAUCUUCGCUCCACUCAUUGGCAACACCAUGGAGGUUUAUGUUGAUGACAUGCUGGUCAAGAGUCGCACUGCUGACCAGCACAUCCCCAACCUCUCUGCCACGUUCACCAUUUUGAAGCAGUAUAGGAUGCGGCUCAACCCCACCAAGUGUGCAUUUGGGGUGGCCUCCGGCAAAUUCCUUGGCUUCAUGAUCAACCAAAGAGGUAUUGAGGCCAACCCAGAGAAGAUCCAGGCUAUUUUGGACAUGACGAUACCCAAGACGGUCAAGGACAUUCAGAGCCUUACCGGGCGUGUCGCAGCCCUGACCAGAUUUAUCUCUAAGGCCACUGAUCGUUGCGCCCCAUUCUUCAAGGCACUUAAGGGUAGCAAGCGCAACAUCACCUGGACUGCGGAAUGUGACCAGGCAUUCUGCGAGCUCAAGGCAUACAUGAGCCGAGCCCCUUUAUUGUCAACCCCUGAGUCUGGGGACGUCCUCACCAUCUACCUUUCUGUCUCGGCUACAGCGGUUAGCUCAGUGCUCAUUCGACCACAUGAAGGUGCUGAGCAUCCGGUGCACUAUGUGAGCAAAGGAUUGCAAGAUGCGGAGAUUCGAUACCCAGACAUUGAGAAACUUGCUUUCGCCCUGGUGGUUUCGGCUAGACGCCUCCGGCCAUACUUUCAAGCUCACACCAUCCAUGUCCUAACCAACCAACCACUCAGGCAGGUGUUGCAGAAGCCAGAGACUUCUGGGAGGUUAGUCAAGUGGGCCAUUGAACUUGGUGAGUUUGAUAUCCACUACAAACCCCGCCAAGCUGCAAAGGGCCAAGCCGUGGCUGAUUUCAUAUCUGAAUUCACCGAACCCCAUACUCUGGCCAGUCCUCAGAUUGCAAUCACGCCUACUCCUACCUCGAACCGGGUCCACGUCGCCAGCAACGGCUCCCUAGACUUAACUCAGCCCUUGUGGACCUUGUAUGUGGAUGGCUCUUCCAAUGCCCAGGGAUGUGGAGCUGGCCUCGUUCUCAUAUCCCCAGACAAGGUUGCCCUUGAGUACGCCCUCCGCUUCAAAUUCCACGCCUCCAACAAUGAGGCCGAAUACGAAGCACUCUUAGCCGGCCUUCGCCUAGCCAAGGAAAUGGGCGCCAAGCAAAUCCAAAUAUUCAGCGACUCGCAGCUUGUUGUCCACCAAGUCAACCAGGACUUCACGGCCAAGGACAUCUCCAUGACAGCCUACCUCCAACAUACCCGCCACCUGCUUACAACUUUCAAUGCUUAUCUCAUAGGCCAGGUGCCACGCUCUGAGAACAGUCAUGCUGAUGCAUUGGCAAGGCUAGCCUCGGCGAUGGAGCAGGGCAUAGGUCGAAACAUCCACAUCGAGUUCUUGGACCAGCCCAGUACACGGGCACCACUCAUUUGUGUCAUUGAUCAAAGCCCUACAUGGAUGGACCCCAUCACUCAGUUCUUGCAGAACCAGACACUACCUGCUGAAGCGCGGCGUGUUCGCUAUCGUUCCGCCCGAUACUUGAUCAUCAAUGGUGCCCUAUACAGGCGCGGCUUCAGCCUCCCCUAUCUUCGAUGCCUGACCCCAGAGGAAGGUACCUAUGUCCUGAGAGAGAUUCAUGAGGGUAUCUGUGGCAACCACUCAGGCGCUCGCUCCCUAGCACACAAGAUCAUUCGGCAGGGAUACUUUUGGCCAUCACUUCACACUGAUGCCCAGACCUUCACCCAGAAGUGCGAUAAGUGUCAGCGAUUUGCCAACAUCCCACAACUUCCAGCUGAGCCAUUGACAGCCAUGGUCAGUCCUUGGCCAUUCGCCCAAUGGGGACUUGACCUCAUUGGACCUAUGCCUGAGGGCAAGGGCCAAGUCAAGUAUGCAGUUGUAGCUGUGGACUACUUCACCAAGUGGGUUGAAGCUGAGGCCUUAGCCACCAUCACUGCAGCCCGCAUUGAAACUUUUGUUUGGCAAAACAUCGUCUGUCGCUUUGGCAUCCCCAACACCAUCGUCACAGACAAUGGCCGGCAAUUUGACAACGCAAAGUUCAAGCAAUUUUGUUCCAACCUCAAGAUAAAGCUUUGCUUCGCCUCCCCAGCCCAUCCUCAAUCUAAUGGCCAGGUGGAAGCUGUGAACAAGAUCAUCAAGAAAACUCUAAAAACUAAGCUUGACAAAGCUAAGGGUUGCUGGCCGGAACUACUCCCAGAAGUUCUCUGGUCUUAUCGCACCACCUUCCGGACCUCAACAGGAGAAACACCUUUCUCUCUCUCCUUUGGUACCGAAGCAGUGGCACCAGUGGAAAUUGGCCAGCCCACAUACCGCACCUCCACCUAUGAGGCCGAGGCCAAUGACGAGCAGCUAGCCCUGAACCUCGACUUCAUUGACGAGCUUCGUGACCAAUCCAACAUGCGCAAUGUCGCGUACAAACAGCGCAUCGCUAAGUACUACGACUCCCGAGUCAAAGCCCGUGCUUUCAAACUUGGGGACUGGGUCAUGCGCAAGGUUUCCUUGGCCACCAAGAACCCCACUGAAGGUACCUUGGGCCCAACAUGGGAAGGUCCUUAUGAGGUUACCAAAGUCUGCCGCCCCGGCACUUAUCAGCUUCGUGACACCAAGGGCAAGACCUUGCCUCAUCCUUGGAAUGCUGAUCACCUCAAGUACUACUAUAAGUAA